AUGACCAAUCUCUCGGGCAAACGCCGCCACGGCAAAAAGGCGAAGAAACAACAGACCUUGGAUGCUCUCCUUGAACUCACCGACACAGGCAAAAGCAGCUCUCCUCUAGCGCCGAGACAAAAAGUUCCGACGCCAAGUUCCAGUACUGCAACUCGGCCAGCAGCCGCAGGCAACGUCAGUUUCAUGCCGAGGGGUGUUGCACGGGGUACCCCAGCAAUGGCACCCUCGGAAUCUGAAGACGACGGUGACGGUGACGGUGACGGUGACGGUGACGGUGACGGUGAUGAUACUGGUGAUGAUGGCUCUAAGCCUGAUCCAUCACCCGUCGCUCCGGCCUCGCCCCCGCGCUCAUCAGCCAAGCGCAAAGCCGUGGUGUUGAGUGAUGACGAGGAUGAGGAUGAUAUUAUGAUAGCAACACCGGCUAGAGCCCGAAAGCCAAGGGUUGCUGUUCUUGAUAACGACAGUGACAGCGAUGUACGGCCUUCAACGGCAAAAAGGCGGCGUCUUACAAGAAGACAAUCAACGCCAUCUUCGCCCGGGUCGCCCGGCCCUAGUAUCAAAAGCCGUUUACGCAACACGCCAGGCAGUCGCAGUCUCAAGUCGCAAAGAGAAAGGCGCAUGGAGCUCCUCAGGCGCCGUCGCAAUGGCGAAAAUGUCACCGAGCUUGAUCAGAUUGAUGAAGCGUCCAGCGAUGAAGAGCCCCAGAAAGCAUUGUAUGAUACCGAUUCGGACCUCCCAGCUCUGGACGAGUUCGAUGACGAAGAUACAGACAGCAAGGAGUCUUCGAUGGAGCCCAGGAAAACACAGAGUAGCCCCACCAAACGCAAAGACAAACCUGCGGUGUCGGAAGGCAGUGACACCGAUAGCGCGGAUAGCUUUAUCGAUGAUGAAGAUGGCCUUAUUGGCGCGCCAGAUUCGGUGGAAAUACCGUUGGAGUUCACUUCACAAGCCCACAAGCCUAUGAAGGCUUUGUUCAAAGAUAUCAUUGACUGGCUGGUACAGAAUCGUAUCAACCCAUCCUUUGACCGUGAAAACGCGGUCUACCGUCUGGCCUGGCGAAAGCUUGAUGACGAGUUCCGAGGGCUGGCAUCCUCGAAGUUCUCUUCAGCUGCCUGGAACCCUGAAUUUCACAAGUCUUUAAGGGCUAGGCCGUAUAUGGAUAAUUACGAGUCUCCCAGAGAUAUCUCUGAUUUGCUUACCACCUGCCAAGCGUGUAAUCGUACUGGGCACCCAGCUACGCGUGUGAUAAGGUUCAGUGGCAAGCCCUAUAGCCAACAGACUUUGGACGAAAUCGAGCAGAGUGAGCCCGAAUCAGAAGACGAAGGUCCACACCGGGACAGGGAUGAGAAUAACAAUCUUAUUGCUGAAGAAGGCAAGGACUGGUUAUGUGGCGCGGUCUGCGCGAGCAACGCCGAAACUGCACAUGACUUGCUUCAUUGGAAGCACUCUCUGAAGGAUUGGGUCGACGAGAGGCUGCGAACGCAGGGUCUCAUGUCGGCAAAGAAGGUGGAAAAGAGGGAGCGCCUUUCGUCUAAGAAGCGGAGGAAGCGCGCCGACAAGAUAGUGGACGAAUGGGAGGAAAAUGGCGUAGUGAGGGCUCUAUAUGACGAUUUCAAGCGGACGCUCGAGACGGCUCGAGUCAAGUCCACAAGUGGAAAUACCAAGAAGAGGAGGAGGUAG